AUGUCAGAUUCCGAGGAUCCUCUCGACGCUGUCGAUGGCAAUGGUGACGAUCUCUUUGGGGACGAAGGCGACGACAAUUUGCCAGACUCGCCCAAGGAGCGAAUCCUCGAUGACGACGAUUUGGCGUCGGAUCCAGAUAAGAAUCCCCAUACGGCAAGAAAAGGCUACGAUGAUGAUGAGGAUCCAUCGCAUGAGACGCGGGACAGAGUCGUCAUGGCCGUGCAAACGUAUCGGCAUCCAAUUCCCAAUUCCAAAGAUGGAACGCUUCGAGUCAUGCGUGUACCCAAAUUCAUCAAAUUCAUGCCUCGGGAGUACGUCGCGCAUGCUUUCCAACCAUCGGAAUUUGAUAUUGCCAACGCGAAAUCAGAUCAUCCCAAGCAUGUAGUACGCGUGCGCAAAGACGAAAGAACCGGAGACCUGCAAAGCAACACCAAUAUAUAUCGCUGGAGCGAUGGCUCAUUCACGAUUUCUGUCGAAGGCGAGCAUUAUGAGAUGCAGAAGAAAGCGCUUGCUCCCGGCCCUGGCAAGCCGUACAAUGAGCUUCACGAUGGACACUAUUAUGCCGCUGCAGCCGAGCUAGGCAGCAAUCUGCUCAUGACCGUCGGCCAUUUGGCGGAGCAGUUCAAUGUUCGACCGAACAAGGCGGUCGGCGAUGAUGCAUUGUCAGUGUUGGCCGAGAGAAUGGCUCAAGCAAGCAAGUCGGUGAAUGAUGGCGACAUGAUUAUCCGAACGACCAGGGAUCCUGAGCUGCAAAAGAAGCAAGCCGAGAUGGCAGAGAAGGACAGAAUGAAGGCUCAGCGCAAGCGAGAAAAUGCCGCCUGGAAGAUGGACAGCGGUUUGGGGCGCUCUGCUCGUGGCGGUCUCUCCAUUGGAGAUUUGGAGAGUGGUAGGGGGUUCGGAUCCGCGCGCAAGAGAGGCGUUGCUGGCUCAACCAAGCCCAAGAGACGUCGGCCAGAGUAUGACUCUGACGAUGAUUUACCCCAGGGCGUUGGACGACGCGAAGAUUACGACAUGGACGACGGGUUUUUGGUGGGCAGUGACGAGGAGGAGAUGGAUAGUGCGGCGGAAGAGGAAGAGGAAGAAGAAGAGUUCUUGGAUGAUGAGAAUGGCAACCGGCGGUCCAGAAGUAAGAGACAAAGAACCGCCGAGCCAGACGAGGAUGAGGAUGCUGAAGGAGACGAGGUUGAGGCUUCGGAACCAUCUGCAAGAGCGAGACGGCGAAAUGUCGUAGACGAGGAUGAGGAUGAGUAG